CCGCCAGCCAGCCCGAGCGGAUAGCGGCUUCGCCCAGCAGGCAGCGUCCCAACCGGAGAAGCCAGGAUGGGCCGUCCCGCCUGCUUGCUUCUGCUGACAGCGGCUGCCCUGUGCUGGUCCUGGGGGGCCCAAGGCCAGGUCUAUUAUUCCUGCGGUGCUCAGUUUAGUUCCUGGGAAAGAGGAUUGAUUUUAUCUCCCGGCUUCCCCAGCAAUUAUUCGUCGGGCAUGCACUGCGUCUGGCGCUUUCUUAUUCCUGCCAAGACUUACUUACUGUUGGAGAUCUUUGACUUUGAUGUCUUUGAAAGCAUCACUGAGGACCUGGAUGCCUGGGAUGGCUAUUUUUCUUUGACCAAAAAUAUAAACAAGGAUUCUUCACCCGGAGAAGACACCGCAGAAUAUCCAAGCACCGUCUUUCCAACCAAGACUUCGGUUGACCUUGAUCUUGACUCAACGGAUCUCGUUGAGGGCCUCCCAGAAGCCACUUCUCAAAACCUUGAGUGGAAAGAAUUCCAUCCAAGCGGAGAACCCAAAGACAUAGCGGUCACUCAACCAAGUAAAUUUCCAAUCCAGGAAGGGACUGACAAUACCUUGACGAGACAAGGUGGAGAACAGGAGAAGGAGAACUUGGUGGACAAAAUAUUCUUUGCUCACUACCCUGCUAAGGAGAACGCCGAAAGUCCUCAGAGACGUUUCGGGAAGGUGAUUUUUGGAGAAGAGGAUGCCAUUUCAACGAUGAUCCUGCCGGUGGUGAACGUAUCUUCCACUCCGUCAUCCUCCGCUGACGUUUGUCCAGAUGAUGUCUUAUAUGUCUCGGACCUCAUCGCUUUUUCUUCUCGUUUCUGUGGGGCAAAAUCGCCCUUGAACCAAAACAUGACCUUUGGGUCUUCUCUUAAGAUGGUGGAAGUUAUUGUGGAGCUGAUCACCACCACCGACCGUGGGCGAGGCUUCGCCAUGCUCUUUGAGUACAAGAACGGGACGGAGACGAUGCCCACAAACGACAUCCAGGAUGGAGAAGAGAAUACCAUGAUGUUGGUGGUCAUCACGGGCAUCCUGUUCUUUGCGAUGGUUCUUUUGUCCUCGCUCUGCAUUGCAUGUAGGUGGAGGUUAUGUCUCAAAAGAAGUUCUCUGGAAGUCCACAGUGAUCAAGAAAACCAGAUCCAGAACUCCAGCGUUGACGUCAGUGAACUCCAGCUGGUGAUCCCAUGUCAAGAAAACGAAAACAACAAUCAUUCCCUUGGCGUCGUCACUUCCUGUCCUGGCAAUCUGGAACCCAUCAUCGAUCUAGAUGCCCCUCCAAUGUCAGCCGUGAUGGGAGGUGACGAGGUGUUCAUUAUUUCUGCCAAUCCAGAACCUGGUCGCUUGAGUUUUACCUCUUGUAAAAUACAGGACAAGAGGUUGACGCGAAGCAUCACUAGUCCAACUUCCGUGUCGGAAUGGCUGAUCCCCAAGCAAACGGAGCCCGGCAGCCAAGCGUCCAAUUCCCGGGCGGGACACCCUUAUCUGAAGCAGCAGGCGUGGCGCACAAGGACCUUCCACGAUCUCUUGACUCCGUUCCCACAGCUCCAGGAGCAAUGGGGCCACUGGACAAACAUCAGCCCUUUGCCCAAAGCAGCCAAAAGCGGGGGUUUUUCGACCUCCACCCCAAACCAGCCCAUCAGAAUCCAAAAAGUGAGCUCCGCUGGAGAAACUGAAGGAAUUUCCGAAGGGUCACACUUGGAAGCUUUAGUCAGUAACCCAUGGACACGCUCGGCUCAGAAACCGCAGAAGCCGACCGGUGGUUCUAACUCGAGAAGGUCCCAAUUUGCAAACCCUUCUUUUGAUUUCUUGACCGGUUCUCCUGGCUGCGGCCAGCCGGGACUUCCUGAGCACUCCGAAGCUGAGGGCAUUCUGUCUCUGGUCCAAAGUCCCCGUCUGGGAGGGAAGGAUGCUCCAGACGCUGCCCUCAGAUUGAAAAGCAACGCCAUCAACUCUUCCAAGCCCAAGGAGGCUUCUGUAGACAUGGACGGGCCCAAAGCGGUGUUUGUGAUUUCUGAAGAAGGAGAUGAUCAGCAGCCUUUGGUUUUGGCGGAGCACACAAAUCAAUGCGUUGAUGUUUUGUCCGAGACAAACGCUGUCAUCUGUGAAGGAGGGACGGCCGCAAGGAAGGAGCAGAUAGUGGACCUAUCGCUUGAAGACUUGGAGGAGGCCACCAGAAGCAGGUUGGGCAUUGGUCCUUGGGGGGAACCCUCCAGUUCCUACCAAGAUCCCUUUCAGGGCGACGGGGAUGAAACCUACGCUCCUGGUCCAAAACCAGAGUCGCUGGCUCGUUUCAAUUCAACGACUUGUCCGAACGUGCUUUUUUGAUCGUCCAUGAAGGUCCUUCAUGAAACUGGAAGCGGUGAAGAUCUUUUGAGGUGGAACGGAGCUGUUCUGCAUGCAGACGUUCAAGAGACAACCUUUGAUCUGCUUAGGGGGCACGGAUCCUGCACUCAAUGACGCUCGCCCAAAACUUUUAUCUUAAGUUGGAUGCGAUGAUUAUGGAUACUGCUGUGGAGCACAAUUUUUGGUCUUGAUGCAUGAAGACCCACCUGACGUUUUCCUUCUGAAAUAAGCUUGUUUUUGUUUUUUUUUAAACUUGUGUUUGAAUUGGGAGGUGUGAUCAGAUCUAGAGCCUAUCAGGUUUUAGGUAAAGGAGGCUGUUCUGGAUAUAAUCCUUAGUAAUCAACCAAAUUCUGGCUAUGAUGUGGAAGGGUCAGUGGUGGGAUUCAACCAGUGUAACAACCGGUCCGCUGAGCGCACGGUUCACCCAAACCGGUCUGAACCGGUAGAAUCCCACCCCUGGGAAGGGUGUAAAGUUCUACUGAUGUUUGAUUAUAGUUCCCCGCCCCCCAAAAAGGGUGACUGUGAACAGAACUGGAAUAACUAAAAGUACGAGCAACGCUUGUAUUGAAAAGGCGAUUGGGGGGCGACUUUUUUAGAUUAACACAUUUUAUUUAAAGGAUUCACUGGCGUUUGUGAAUCCUAUCUCUCUCCCCCCCCCCCCCAGUGACUACAAUGAGAAGAUGAGGUAAAGUCGGGUUAAUGAAACACCGUCACUCACACCAACAACAGAGUUUGCCAUUCGCACAACACAUAACGCCCAGUUGGUGUGACCUUGGGAUUCAGAGUUUGGGUAGGUUGGUGUGGUCGCGGGUGCUCGAGAAAAAAAUUCGCCGAAGUUGUGAGAUUGCCAAAAUUGUUAUCGUGGCCAAGUAAGAACGCUUCGGUGAAUUCUGAAAGCGGGCUAAAGCCUUUUAAGAAGGCGACUUCUUCCGAUUAACCUGACUAGGUAGCUCAGUGGCUAAGACGCUGAGCUUGUCGAUCAGAAAGGUCGGCAGUUCGGCGGUUCGAAUCCCUAGUACAGGUCUUCUGCGUGAGCAGGGGGUUGGACUAGAUGACCUCCAAGGUCCCCUUCCAACUCUUGUUACUGUUACUAUAAGAUUUGAAGACCGCAAUAGGCUUUGGAGCAGACGAUGGUUCUCCCACCACGCCUACCUAGAUCGCUCUUUAAAGCAGCUGCAUCUUUUCUGGGAUCGCACACGAUGACAGAAUCUGGGGGAAGAGACGCGAUGGGUUUAAAGGUUUGCCGUCCUAAAGGCACAAUAUUUUGUGUUGGCCCUGCUCCACAUUAUUAAGCCAACACCCCGGCCUUUGUGGUUCAAAUUCCUCACUCGAGAAAAGAUUUUCAAAGAUGGAUCGGUCUGCGACACCUUAGUAAAUUGCACUUGGAAUUACAGUAGUAUUAGAGAGUGGGGUGCACGCUGAAGAUUUGUGUUGGUUGAGGAGGUUUUUUUUGUUUUUGUUUUAAUUUGAUUUAUAUGCUGCCCUUCUCCGGAGACUCAGGGCGGCUUACAAUGCGUUAAGCAAUAGCCUUCAUCCUUUUGUAUAUUUAUACAAAGUCAGCUUAUUGCCCCCACAAACUGGGUCCUCAUUUCACCUACCUUAGAAAAGAUGGAAGGCUGAGUCAACCUUGAGCCUUGGAGAGAUUCGAACCAGCAGUAAAUUGCAGGCAGCUGUGUUAAUAACAGGGUGCAUUAAACCACUGUACUACCAAGGCUCUUCAGAGUUUGAACCGGGGGUGGGAUUCAGAAAUUUUAGCAACCAGUUCUCUGCCCGGUUGCUGGGUGAGUAUGGUGGGCGUGGCCUACUUGGCCUCCUGCACCACAGGGGGCCCAGGGGUGGGUUCUACUUACCUUUACUACUGGUUCGCAAUGGGAGCGCGCGUGCUUCUGCGCAUAUCAUCCAUUAUGACGUCCGGGCGGGUGGGCAGAGCCUCCUGCCUAUUUUACUACCGGUUUGCAAGAACCAGACAGAACCAGGAGCAACCCACCAACGGUGGGGGUGGGGGGGUUUCACCUUCUUCAGACUCCGGAGGCUUUCCUCAAGCCUCUGGGAGGGCGAAAACAGCCUCCCCCAGGCUCCGGAGGCCCUCCAGAGGCUGGAAACGAGUCCGUUUCCGGACAUCCGGUAGGCCCAUUUUUCGCCCUCCCAGAUCCUCCGCGUGGGCCCUGCACUUACCUGGCAUCCAAAACGAGCUGUGUGGAGAC